AUGUCAUAUGCGGAAACUUUGGAACAGGCACUGUUGACUGUCAAGCAGCAGGCUAUGCAGAUGCAACGCUGUUUGCAACAGCGUAAGCUGAUGGACGCGUUGAAACAUACUUCCAUUAUGCUUACAGAGCUUAGAAAUCCGGAACUAUCACCGAAACAAUACUAUGAGCUUUAUAUUAUGAUAUUCGAUUCGUUGUCCGUACUUUCUACUUAUUUGGCGGAAAAUCAUCCAAAACAUCACCAUUUGGCAGAUUUAUACGAAUUGGUUCAGUACGCUGGUAACGUUGUUCCACGACUUUAUCUGAUGAUCACCGUUGGAACAAGUUAUCUGAAAUGUCCAGACUCUCCAAGGGAUGAAAUUUUAAAGGAUAUGAUAGAAAUGUGUCGAGGUGUGCAAAACCCAAUAAGAGGUCUGUUCUUGAGAUAUUACCUUUCACAAAGGACAAAACAGCUUUUACCAGAGGAUGCUACUGAGUUUAAUGCCAAUUUUAUCAUCACAAAUUUCAUCGAGAUGAAUAAACUGUGGGUCAGAUUGCAACAUCAAGGCCCAUUGAGGGAAAGGGAGCAGAGGACUAAGGAGAGGAAAGAGCUGCAGAUUCUUAUUGGGUCGCAAUUAGUGAGGCUUUCACAGAUAGUUGACGAUAAUCUGUCAAUGUACAAGGACCAAAUUCUUCCCGUGGUUUUGGAACAAGCCAUUCAAUGCAGAGAUAUUGUGUCCCAGGAAUAUCUGCUGGAUGCUAUCUGCCAGGUUUUUCCAGAUGAGUUUCAUCUGGCAACUUUGGAUAUUCUUCUUGACGCGACUACGCACUUGAACCCUGACGUCUCAAUAAACAAGAUCGUUCUCACGUUAAUCGAUCGUCUCAACGGAUACAAGGAUAGGCAAGAGCAAGAGCAAGGGCAAGAGCAAGAGGAAAAUACUACUAGUAAGGAAGUGAAAGCGGCCGAUAUAAAUUUAUUUCAGAUUUUUUGGAAUUAUCUCUCUACCCUGAAUGAAGAAAGACCAGACUUGUCCCUGCAACAAUUUAUACCACUCAUUGAAAGUGUACUGAACUUGUCAUUACGUUGGUAUCCGGAAAAUCUGCAGAAUUUGAACGCUCUAUACAAGAUAACCACACAAAAAUGUCAGGAUUUUGGUUCAGAUAUCCCCCCAAACUGUGAGUACUUGUUCCAGAAUUUGCUAACUUUGCAAAACAGUGAAAGCUCUACUCUGAGACCUAGUUCUAAUUUCUUUUACAAACUAAUUUCACAAUGUGAAUCGUUCGGGGGACUGCUAGCAUUACAGAGUCUACCAUUACAAAAGAGCGCUUUGAACAGCAUUCUGGAUGUUUUAUUACAUAACGAGGUUGACUUCGACGAUGAGAACGAGGCGAGUUCCAACGAAGGGUUCUUGAUCGAUUCAAAGGAGAAUUUGUGCAGUCUCCUAAGCAUAUUCGAACCAUUGACCAAGUUAGGACCUCCAAUGCCCUCUCUGGAUAGGAAGGGAAGCAAGAACGUUAAAGGAACUGGCGACCAUUUCCCCGCAGAUGAAGAUGAUAAUGAUGACGAAGGUUCAUGGAUACUUGAUCCCAUUCAAGAGAAACUGGCAAAAUUAAACCAUGUGGUGUUCCAAUCCGUGGUCAAAUCUUCUGACCCCAUAAAAGAUAUCGAAUUUGAAAUGGAAGUCUUACUCACAUUGAGGAACUGGUGCUAUAAAGGCGGUAAGAAUAUCAAAUAUACCUAUCCUGCGAUAAUAACUAAUUUUUGGAAAGUUAUUAGAAGAUGUCACUUAUUAGCAACCAGAUGUGAUUCAGAAAACACUAAGCGACAUACCGAGCUGAUAAAACAAAAUUUCAAAUACGUAUCACGCUCUACUAAUGACCUUUUCAACAUGUGUGGGAACUCGUUCAGUGACGCAUUGUACAAGCUAAACAUUCAGAGUGCAUCUUUGGCAGAUCAAUUAUCGCUGGGCGAGAUCGCGUAUGAUUUCUUCUCGCAAGCAUUUACCUUAUUCGAAGAAUCAUUGAGCGAUUCAAGAACGCAAUUCCAAGCAUUAGUAUACAUGGCACAGUCUUUGCAAAAAACAAGGUCAUUACGUGAAGAGAAUUACUACGACUCCCUAAUUGUUAGGUGUACUUUACAUGGCUCGAAACUAUUGAAGAAGCAAGAUCAAUGCCGAGCCGUUUACCUAUGUUCACACCUAUGGUGGACAACGGAAAUUGCACUUAUAGGGGAAGAAGAAGGUGUAACGACAGAUUUCUAUCGAGAAGGGAAGCGUGUUUUAGAGUGCCUACAAAGAUCUUUAAGAGUCGCAGACUCCACAAUGGAUAAUAUUCAAAGUAGUGAAUUGAUGAUUGAGAUACUCAACCGCUGCUUAUACUACUUCAUCCAUGGCGAUGAGCACGAUACUCACGUAAGUGUGAGGUAUAUCAACGGUCUCAUCGAGCUCAUAAAGACAAACUUGAAGUCACUAAAGAUGGAGGAAACAACAACUGCUAAGACACAACUAGCAGAGCAAAGACUUUCCGAACUUCAUAUUGAUGACGCACAAAAUACGGCUAAGGUGAGCAACAGGUUUGUGAUCGGGUCGGACGGUUCUUACAUCGAUGUGCCAACUGUGAAUGGAGGCCGCGCAUUGGUGUCAACGAAGCUCAACUCAAUGUACAUCAACGAAAUGAUACAGAUCCCCAUACAGCAUUUCAACCGGACCUGCGAUUACAUCUUGAAUCAACGGGAUGUCGAUGACCGGUUCAAAGUCAUAGUAAUUUGA